UGCUUAUGAGUCAUGCGGCAGGCACACUUGUCCUUGCUCCACCUGCUGUCAGACGAUUAGGACGAUGAGGAUUUAGUUUUGUUUUGUUAGGCCAACAAGCUGCAAGUAACCGCAGCAUCUGCUUCCGUGUGUGUGUGUGAGUGGGUGUGUUUAUGGUCUGGAUGAGGACCAUGUCGCACUUGCACCUUAUCACAUUAAAAGUGAAUUAAAGCACUCAAUCCAAACUCAAAUAUGUCGCAUUUGUUGAAGCGCACCAAAAAGUCCUGUCUGAAGUUGCUGCGUAAAAUAUCCACAUCGAGGCAAUUGUUUGUGCAGCGCUUGGACGAGGAGGACUGCGAGGAUGAGUGCGAUUAUGUGGAAUAUGUGGAGGAGGCGCCACAACUGAACGAUAAGCAAUAUAAUAGCCACAAUAACAAUAUAGAUGACCAUUACCUGUACGAACCGCAAGCCGUCCAAUUUCAACCAGAAACCAGCAUCGAAUUUGAGCUGGUGCCUUAUCGGGAUAAUGUACGUUAUCUACGUCACACACCCUCCAAUUCCAGUUUGGAUCUGAAAGAACAGGAAAAGGAACCGGAAGUGGAGAGUGUAUCUACCCUUCCGGUUGCCAUCCAAGCACCGUCAUCCCAUCCAAAGGCUCUGCAUCCUUGCAGUGUCAGUUUGGGCUCCCAAUUCGAUGGCAAUUAUCACAAUGUGGUGAUUACCGAACCUCCACACGAUGAUUACACCAUUGUCAAAUGGGAUAUCAAUGGCAAUUCGCUGGAUGAUGAAAGAUUCGAUUUACGCUCACAUUGGGAUGAUUUCGAUAGUCGCUGGCGUCAAGCCGGACACUCAUACUCCCAGAAGUCCAGCCAUCAGUCUAGCUCCUGUACGCUGGAAACCUGGAUUGACCUCUAGGCAGAGGCUUAGAGAGGGAUUGGAGGCAUCGAGGACCUAUUGGACUCUCUCUAUGGCCCCGCCUCAUGUCAAAGCCUUGUCAAAGAAAUCUGUUUUGCCUUAAGAACUUCUAUAACCAAAAAUAUUAGUUUGACGAUCGUUGUGAGAAACAAAAAAGGAAACUAAAACAAACAUUUUUUGAGUAUUAUAAUAAUUAUAUCGAUAUUGAUUUACA